ACUUGACAAAUGUCGACUACUUUAGUUGCUGUAAAGAACGUUCACAUACAUGAUUAGGACUAAUUUUGUUAGAUGAAGAUUAAGGCAAGAAUGACUUGGUUCUUUGUCGUAUUUCUGCUGAGUUUUCUACCGGAAAAAGCUGAACAGAACAACGUUAACGUUUGUAAGAAGCCGCUUGGUGUACAAAAUGACAAAAUCAUUAAAAACGAGCAGCUGACGGCUGAUUCCUACAAACAAUACAUGUAUAUAAGUAAAAUGGGGAGUUCAUACAGCACAGAGCCAAGAUACGGACGUUUGAACAACAAUCUGGCGUGGUGUGGUUUUCGUCCGUCUAAGCGUCGUCCAAUCUCGUAUUUCCAGAUUGAUUUUCGUCAGUUGGUUUAUGUUACUGGCCUGGCCACGCAAGGAUUUGUGAAUAUUUCUCCCUAUUACGUCAAAACUUAUAAACUUAGCUUUAGUUCUGACGGGAAAACAUGGUCAGACCCGACUAAUAACAAGGUAUGGGGGGGAAACAGUAAUGGUUAUUCGAUCCGAAGGAACGACUUUGGACAAGAAAUUCAAACGAGAUAUCUACGAAUAUUACCACAGACAGCAACAUAUCGCUUCAGAUGUCUCCGUGUUGAGGUCUAUGGUUGCACGAGUCAAGAUAAAAAGGCUGCCACUUCAACACUACCUUCAAAACUAGUUGCCACGUCAACGGUGCCGACGUCAUCAAUCGUAGUUGCCACGUCAACGGUGCCGACGUCAUCAAAACUAGUUGCCACGUCAACGGUGCCGACGUCAUCAAACCUAGUUGCAACCUCAACGGUGCCGACGCCAUCAAAACUCGUUGCCAUGUCAACAGUACCAAUGUCAUCAAUGGUGGUUGCUACGUCAGCGUUUUCAACGUCAAGAACUAGAGAAGAGGCCGCUUUAAGCAGCAUGGAUAUCAAUCCUAGUUCAGCGUAUACGCAAUCCAUAUUUAGCAACGCUGACGUCGAAUAUAGCUCUUCGUCUUCGUUGUCAGCGAAUGAUGUACGGGCGAUUCUGGUUGUUGGCAUCGUUGCUUUUCUUCUUAUCGUGAUUGUCAUUCUUCUAUUUUUGUUGUUGAGACGAAAAAAAGUGCAUAGUGUUAACUUGUUUAACAACAGGAACUUGGAAAUGCACUCUUCCCAACCAAGCAAAAAGCUACUUAUGGGUAGUUCCGAGUCCAUGAGCCCGUGUGUGUGAUUCAUGGUACAGGUCUUCCUUGUGUUUACUUCAUGUCAUCGUUGUGUUUAGAUAAAUGAGUUAAGUAGAUCUCGUUAAAGAUAAAUAAUUGUAGAAGGUAGUUAGUGGAUAGAUACUUGAACGAAAUUCUUAUUCAAACUGAUCCAAUCAUCAGUCUAAAAUUGUAUAAAAAUUCGUUCAUGUAUUCCAUCUAUAAACGUCUUAUUUAACUAAAGUUCGUUAUAUGUGAUCAUUAUAUAAAUUGCGGUCGAAUUUCUGGACAAGAUAAAUUCCGUAUAAAUUUUUCGGGGUAUAUUUUCACCAACUGUUCCGUAAUGCUUCUCAAAGAAGCAGAAAUAAAGUGCGUUUUCAUUGCGAAUUAGGAAUUGAAUAAUUGAAUCUAAGAUUCAGUCUAGAGUUUUUUCAAAUUUGUAUUAUACAGAACUUCAGUGAAAGUUUGUGUAAAUAUUUUUAGAGAUUUAUUUUAUAAUUUUUGCCAUCAAAAAUGAUUGGAAUAUUUGUUCGUACAGAACGUCAGUGUAUGUUUGUACACACACUAUAAUAUUACAGGUAUAUCCUCUAUUUUAGCCAAAUAAUAUACAUCCCCCAAAAUUUUCAGUGAAUCCUCCUCUCCCUUUAGCCCCCGCCACAUCACCUCAUCACUCCGAGUUUACUGUCCAAACUGCACCCUACCUCAACCACCUACCUCGCCCUCAAACCCUAGUCUACCCCUUAUCUUCCUCCCUCGUCACGUUAUCCUACAUAUUUAAAUCUCUUGAGUGAUAACACUAACCCGUGGUGAAGUAUAGCUAUCCCAUGAUGUAAAGGUUUAAAAUAGAGGAUUUACUUCAUUCUGAACUCUAUCAUACUAAAAAGCAUACGCCAAGAAUUAGAGACGCACAUUACACAAUUCCAGUGCGAAUUUGUAAAUAUAUUUAAACGAUAUUUUGUACCCGACAAUAUCUAUUAUAUAACUUCUGUAACAUGGUGUCUUCUCUGUGCAAAGGAAAACUCAGACAUGCCAAGGCAUUAUCAUGGCAUGAACACCCGCCAAGUUUGGCGUAUUUCCAAACACCUUGUCACAGAAGUUAUAAAAUACAUCAUUCAUUUAAAUUCCCCAUUAUUUAUUUUGUAUAUAGUGCUCCAGUGUGGGCAUAUAUAGAGAACAGUUAUAUGAAUCAAGAUUAACAUUGAAAAUUAUCUUGAAAUGGAUAUUUUUAUACCUGGAUUUCAUUAAGUCCGUGCGAUUGACUGUUGUUGGUUGUCAUUUCAUUAGUUUUACAGUUGACACAAAAGCUGAUCAAACCGCUUAAUGAAAUCUACUGGUUGAAAUAUUAGAUUUAGGCUAUUGAUACAGAAUGCCAGUGUGUGUUUGUAUAUUGUAGUAUAUUAGCAACUUACUUUUCAAAUUUCACCGCAACCGAUGUUUGUAAUCAUGAUCAUGACUUUGUGGUAUAGUUGCCGUAAUUUGCAUGUCUUAAUUGUGAUGUAAGUCAGUCCAUAGUAUGUUGUUCAUUUGUCACCGUAUAUGUUGUAAUCAGUGUCCACAUUAAAAUUUAGUUCUCGUAAAUGAACGUCUA